AUAGACGCUCGAGCAAAGUCGUUUUCAGCGAGCGAGCGCACAACGCUGCACAACUUUGACCAGGAUACUGUUUCCUCGCCCGGUUGCGUUCGCGUGGAUGCUCCAUGCUAGAACAUUAGAGCUGCCAUGAGCAGGGAGGUGGUGGUGCAGUUCAGAGUCGUCAGCGGCACGCAGCUCCCCAAGACCGACUUCCUAUCCAGGACCAUCGACCCCUACGUGCGCGUGUACUUUGACGGACACGACCUCGGGGAAACAAAGCACCUACAAAAGCAGCAGGAGCCAGUAUGGGAGGAGGAUUUCUUCUUCGAGACAAAGCAGGAUGAGGACGGCCGGCUGUCAGGCAUUGUGCGGCUGGAGCUGUUCGAUGACAACAGGGCGCAGCAGGACGAAUACGUGGGUGCGGUGGAGGUGGACCUGGCCGAGGUGCCGCCCGAGGUGGCGGCGCCCACCAGUGCACGCCGCAUCCAGUACUUAGACUACGCCAUCUCCUACCGCCACGACAAGCGCGGGGAGAAGUUCGCCAAGCAGGGCCGCGACUCGCGGCUGGUGGUGGGCUUCAUGGGCUGCAUGUCCGCCUGGAGCAGCCUGGCGGAGCAGCUGGAGGGCUGCGAGGAGGAGGUGGGGCUGCUGGCGGACGAGGACAGCAAGCAGCUGUACGUGCCGCUGCCAGACACGGGCGAGCGGGCGGGGCUGUGGGGCGGCGUGCACUACGACCUGCCUCGGGCGGUGCGCUUCAAGCUGGUGUGCACCAGCAAGGACCACGCCGCCAUGCACCUGGACUUCAGGGUGUCCAAGGCGCGCUGUGUGCGUGUGGCCCGGCGCACCUACCACAGCCGCCGCGUCAAGCUGUGCGCCGGCCUCAAGGUGUUCGCCGAGGCCACCCUCAGCGACCUGCCGCUGUGCACCGACCUCAGCAAGCUAUCGCUGGUGGUGACAUCGCGCCGCGCGGUGGCGUCCAGCAAUGUGGCGGAGGCGCUGGACAGGGCCGGCUUCGGCGGGCCCGGCUCCCUGGCUGCCAGCAGCUUCGCGCGGGCGGCGCGGGAGAUGGGGCCGGAGGGAGCCAACUCCGCGGCGGUGGACGAGGAGGGCAGCAGCGUGUAUGUGCCGUUGGGCAAGGCGCCACACAGCGCCCUGCUUCAGGUGGAUUUUAGCCGGCCGCCGGGGACCGCGCCGGGCACCGGGCCGAGCGCGGCGCCGCCACCACCGGAAAAACCCAAGUCGCUCUUCGGCUCAUUCCUAGGCGGCGGCGGAGGAGGAGCCGCGCAGCAGCAGCCCGUGCUCAAGGUGGCGAGCGUCAAGACCAGCAGCAAAGCAAACGGAGGCAAGGUGCUGGUCCACGACUUCGCCACCACCCACUGCGAGGUGACGGCCACACUCAGCGAGGCACACCGCAAGCCGCAGCUGGCGGCGGGAGAGUACGAGAUCAGCCGUACUUCGGAGCUGGUGGGCGCCCUGGACGACGGCGGCGAGCCCGAGACGUACGACAGUGCCGUACUGGUGUACUACCAACUGGAGGCGGAGCCGCUUGCGCACAUCAGCUUUGCAGACCUGUUCUCGCCGCCCCCGGAGCCCGAGCCCGAGCCCGACGCCGCCUUUUUCGCCGACCUGGACGAGGGCCUGCCGCACAGCGUGGGCAGCGUCAUGUUCAGCGUGGCGGCCACCGGCGGCAAGAUGAUUGGCCGCGUGGCGGGGCAGCUCGGCAACCUGGUGGGCAGCUCCGGGGCCGGCAGCGGCAAGGGCCGGGCGACGGCCGAUGGCGCCGAGGGCGGCGGCGGCGGCGGCAGCUCGGAGCCGGGCAUGCCGGGCAAGGUGCUGGGCGUGAUCAAGGGCGUGCCGGGGCUGAUCACGAAGGGCGUGCCGGAGGUGAUGAAGGCACCACUGAAGCUGUUCCGAGGCAAGCAGCAGCCGGAGGCCGUGCCCGAGGAGGAGGAGGAGGAGGAGGAGGAGCAUGAGGGGGUGGAGGAAGAGGACGAGGAGGAAGAGGAGCCCGCGGAGGGGCCUCGCGGCUCACGGGCCUCCGCCGUACCCGACCGGAGCAACCACGGGAGCGUGCGGGCAGGCGUAGGAGGAGGGUCAGGUCGCGACUACAGGGCGGGGUCGGCUGGGGUGGGCGCGCGCAGCCAAGGAGGGAGGCCAGCUGCCAGCAGCUCCGCCCGCAGCGCGCGAGCGGCAGUGCCGUCGCAGCAGCCGCGCGGCAGGGCGAGUCGGGGCAGCGCUUACCAGGAUGACGAUGAGGAUUGAGGCCGGGAGGUGGGCCUGGCCGUGGGUGGGCGGCUGGACAGUGGUGUAGUGUGGAUGGGGGACUAGCGACGCUGCUCUCACCGCUGCACCUGUUUAUGCUAUCUACGAUUUAAUGUGCAUAGAAAUCAUGAGUACUUAUUCAUAUGCUUUCAUCAUGACACGGCGGAAGUACAACAAGCAUGUCGGGGUCGGAGUCGCCAACCUAUUUGGAACGAAGAGCACGCUGACUGCACAAUUAAUUUCA